AUGGAAGCUGUUAUUAGGGCGAUGAAAGAUUACACUAUCCGAAGAGGUGUAGACUACCGGGUGUAUGAGUCGGAGCCGCUGACAUUUUAUGCCAAGUGUACGCAGUAUGGGUCAGGUUGUGAUUGGCUUAUUAUGGUUAGCUUGAUGAGCAGGAAGUACUGUUGGGUUAUAAGGAGGUAUAAUGGUAGUCACACUUGUACCAGAGCAACCAUUUCUCAAGAUCAUUCGAAGCUUGAUUCGAACACAAUUGCAGAAGCAAUAAAGCCGUUGGUUGAGGCUGAUCCCUCGAUAAUGGUGAAAUCAAUUAUUGCGGAAGUGCAGUCCAAGUUCAAUUACACCGUCAGCUAUCGAAAAGCAUGGUUGGCUAAGCAAAAGUCAGUGAAAAAAUAUUUGCAGGUUGGGAAGCAUCGUACAAAGCUUUGCCUAUAUGGUUUAAGGCCAUGUGUCAUAAGGAGCCAUCAGCAGUUGUCAAUUUUGAGACUAUGCUUGCCUAUCAAGGCGAUGACUUGGUUACGGAUAUCCGGGUAUUGCAUCGAGUCUUUUGGAGUUAUUACCCCCUGUAUUAGAGCAUUUAGACAUUGUAAACCAGUUGUCCAAGUAGAUGGGACUCACUUGUAUGGAAAGUACAAGGGUUGUCCAUUGGUUGCAGUUUUACAAGAUGGAAACAACAAUAUCAUCCCAAUUGCAUUUGGUAUUGUGGAGGGAGAGACUUUUGAUGCGUGGUACUUCAUUCUGAGUAACCUACGACAGCAUGUAAUGACUCGAGAUGGCGUAGGAUUGAUCUCUGACCAACACGAAUCCAUCAAUGCAACUGUGGCCCAUAGUAACGGAGCUUGGUCGCCUCCCAGAGCUUUUCACAUAUUUUGCAUCAGGCAUAUAGAGUCAAAUUUUUUGAGGAAGUUCAAGGGUUGUCCAUUGGUUGCAGUUUCACAAGAUGAAAACAACAAUAUCGUCCCAAUUGCAUUUGGUAUUGUGGAGGGAGAGACUUCUGAUGCAUGGUACUUUAUUCUGAGUAACCUACGACAGCAUGUAGUGACUCAGGAUGGUGUAGGACUGAUCUUUGACCGACACGAAUCCAUCAAUGCAGCUGUGGCCCGCAGUAACGGAGGAUAUUCGAAGACAAUCCGCGAGUACGAGUUGCAUUACCAACGUUUACAAGAACGGGGUGAGGCUUACACAACCUGGCUAAAUCGAAUUUCUCGGGAACUGUAUGCAUUGGCAUUUGACAGUGGUUACUGA